GUUUGGGUACUAUAUCACUGUCACAUGCUGGUUUUCGGGUCCCACUAUUAGACCGCUGGCAUUCGGUCAAAUUCUUGGCAAUAAUAAAUCCCUCUGUCAGUACUUACUGCUCUAUUCCAGUUCCCCUCGCCUCUCUCUCUCUCUCGCACUCGGAAGAGGCUCAAAAUGCAAAACUCGGAGAAAGAUCAAGUAGUCCUCAACAUGCAGUCCCCGGAUCUCACCGAUCCCCAACUCCCCCCCGCCGACAAGCCACCCCCAAACCAUAAUUCAAAUCCGAACACCGCCGCCGCCGCCCCUCCGUCGAAGCCCUCCCGGCAACCCCUCACCACCCCGGCAGUCUCCAAGCCCAAAUCCCGCUUCCUGGAGCUCAACUAUCCUCCCCCUCUGAAGCCCGAGCUCCAGCACCUGUCGGAGAUCCCCAAGAGAUCCGAUGACACCGACUCCGACGAUCAAGAAGACGAGGAGGAGGAGCAGCCCAUCUCCGACAAAUUUCUCCGGGAGAGCGGGAGGCGGUGGUUCGGUUGGCGGGCCAUGCUCGAGUGGUCCGCCUUCGUCCCCAUCACCGCCUGCCUCGUCUGCAGCCUCACCCUUCCCUCCCUCAAGCUUCACACCCUCUGGGGUCUGAAACUUUGGAAGUGGUGCCUGAUGGGCCUGGUGGUGCUCUGCGGCCGCCUCGUCUCUGGGUGGCUGGUGUGGACCCUGGUGUUCGUCAUCGAGCGCCACUUUAUCCUCCAAGAGAAGGUGCUCUACUUUGUGUACGGCCUCCGGAAGAGCGUCCGCAGCUGCGUCUGGCUCGCCCUCGUCCUCCUCUCCUGGUAUCUCGUCUUCGACCCCAAGGUCGACACCUCCCCCGUCCUCCACCGCUUCUCCCGCGCCCUCGUCGCCGUCCUCAUCGCCGCCACCAUCUGGCUCCUCAAGAUCCUCCUCGUCAAGGUCCUCGCCUCCUCCUUCCACGUCACCACCUUCUUCGACCGCAUGAAGGUCAGCGUCUUCCACCACUACAUCCUCGAGACACUCUCCGGGCCACCCCUCGACGAAGAUGAUGUCGAUGCCAUCAGAAGCAAUAAAGAGGAGGAGAAUGAGAAGAAGAAGAAGAAGAAUCUGAUGCGGCGAUCGCCGGCGGCGGGGAUGAUGGGGCGGUCGAAGACGAUACCGGAGGCGAGGGCGGGGUCGUCGCGGAGGAUCGACAUCGAGAGGCUUCGUCUUCUGAGCCGGGCAGGGACGAACGCCCGCAGCGUGAGGAGGCUGGUGAGCCACAUCAUGAAAACGGGGCUCUCCUUGUCGACGCUCUCGAGGACGCUCGAUCGGACGGUGGACCGCUUCGGCAAUACGGACGCGGACUCGGAGAUCACCAGCGAGCGCGAGGCCCGCGUCUCCGCCGAGCGCAUCUUCAAGAACGUCGCCAAGCCCCGCCACAAGUACAUUGAGGAGGAGGAUUUGAAGAGGUUCCUGACCAGGGAGGAGGUGCACACAAUAUUUCCACUCUUCGAAGGAGCCCUUGAGACUGGAAUGAUUAAGAAAUCGGCAUUUCGCAAUUGGGUGGUAAGAGCUUAUCGAGAGCGGAAGUCAUUAGCUCAUUCACUGAAUGACACAAAGACUGCAGUGCAGCAGCUGCACAAGCUGGCGAGUGCUGUUGUGAGUGUGAUCAUUAUUAUAGUUUCACUUCUUGUGAUGGGGGUGGCCACCACAAAAGUCCUUGUGGUAGUCACUUCCCAAUUGCUGGUGGCUGGCUUCUUGUUUCAGAACAUGGGCAAGACCAUCUUUGAGUCCAUCAUCUUCGUCUUUGUCAUGCACCCUUUCGAUGUGGGUGAUCGCUGUGUGAUUGAUGGUGUUCAGAUGAUUGUUGAAGAAAUGAACAUAUUGACUACAGUCUUCCUUCGGUAUGAUAACGAGAAGAUCUACUACCCGAAUGCAGUACUGUUGACAAAGCCUAUCAGCAACUUCUAUAGAAGUCCUGACAUGGGUGAUAUGAUUGAGUUUUCGAUUGAUGUUUCUACCCCAGUCGAAACUGUUGCUGCUCUAAGGAAAUCAAUACAAACGUACCUGGAGAGCAAGCCGAAGUAUUGGCACCCAAAGCACUCAGUUCUGGUGAAAGAGAUUGAGAAUGUCAACAAAAUGAAAAUGGCUCUAAAUGUGCUCCACACAAUGAACCAUCAGAACUUUCCUGAAAAGAAUAAUCGACGGUCGGAACUUGUAUUUGAGCUGAAGAAGAUCUUUGAAAGUCUUGGCAUCAAAUAUCACCUCCUCCCUCAAGAGGUCCAUCUAACCCAAGUCGUUAUGGCAGAUGGGAGGAUACCUGCGCCACCUCCUGCACCUACUCAAGUUUGAUUCCAAUGUGAUAGUUGAGAUAAACUUGGCAACUAAUCUUACACCCGACUCCCUAAAUGAAGUACUGGUAAUGAGAUGUGGCUAUAGAGGAAAGUGGUUGGUCCAAGGUCGGUUUUACAGUGUUGAAAAUGAAAGCUGCAAGAAGUGCAAGAGCAAGACAAGCCUUAUUAAUGAGAUUUUGGGGAGAACAGUUUCCCAAAUUUGUGGAAUGACUGCAAUAGAAAGAAAAAUCCAACAAUGUCUUCAUGAGAGAACAACAAUCCCCCACAACCAUGUUGGUCUCCUUAUGCAGUCUUGCUGUUAUGAAGUUGUGAAAAGUAUUUGUAAACAGGAAUGUAAUGUUGUACCAAAAAUAAAAAUAAAAAACAGAUAUGUAGUGAAUGCAUCUCAAGUCUGACAUUUUUUGUU